AUGGUUUGGAUAUCACCCCCUACCCCAUUCCCCAUCACUGUCAGCUCAUCUAUCAAACGCGUGAUUGAUUACCAGUUCAUGGGCUCCAGGAAAGUCAAACUACAACUCCAAGCAGAAGAGAGAGGGGUCGUGUCUAUCAAGGGCGUGUGUGCAAACCGGUACCUUGCUAUGAAGGAGGAUGGACGGCUGCUGGCUUCUAAGUGUGUUACAGAAGAGUGUUUCUUUUUUGAACGCUUGGAAUCUAAUAACUACAAUACUUACCGGUCAAGGAAAUACUCCAGUUGGUAUGUGGCACUGAAACGAACUGGGCAGUAUAAACUCGGAUCCAAAACAGGACCUGGGCAGAAGGCCAUACUGUUUCUUCCGAUGUCUGCUAAGAGCUGACUCACUUUAGAAUCUGUUAAUGAGAGAAAAGAAUGUACACAACUAAGUUUGGAUACCUGGUUUGAUCACUCAUUAUGUAACAAGACACUUAACCAUUACCUCAGUAAAGAAAAACAGCAAGUUUUGGAAAAAAAAUUAAGACUUCCCCCUUUUAUAGAGCUUUGGUUGUGACCCAGUAAUGAUUAGAGCCACAAUCUUUUUCA